UCAGCCAUGGCUGAAGAAAGCAGCAACGAAUGCAUGCCUCUCGACUUAAGCUUGAAGGACAAAGCAACGCCAAGUACAAGCCGCGAUGGUACCCAGGGCACUUCAUCUACUUUGGGCCCCUAUACAACUACUUCUGACGACGCCUUGCGUGACCAACGGAACACACAGCCAAGGCCAUUAACCGACGGGAUUUGCAACGUCGACGGAGUCACGGAUAAUGGCAGCAGAAGUUUCCAGCCCUUGUGGUCCAUCAGGAGCAUCGAUAACAUAAGGCCCAGCACAAGUCGCGCAGGCAUGGAGGAAGCAUCAGCGAAUUUUGAAGACGGCGCCACGAAUGCUACGGGAACCGGAGAAAGGGAACAGCGAGUGUCCUGCGGUGUCAGUGGAAAGGUUUCCAGCAGACAGGACAUAUCACACGGGCAAUCCAACGAACACACGGGCGAUACCGCCCCUACUUUCAGAGCACGUGAUCUAUCAUCUGUCAAGAGGUCGAGCCACAAAUGCGAAACAUGUGGUAAAUUGUUAAGCAGGGGGUAUGGUCUAAUUGCACAUUACCGAACGCAUACACGCGAGAGACCUUACAAAUGCGCAAUGUGCGAGAAAUCGUUCGCGGACAAGUCCAAUUUCCGUAGACAUCUACAGAUUCACACAGACUUGAAACCCCAUAUCUGCCAAAAUUGUACUAAACAAUUCAAACUCAAAGAGGACCUUAAGAGUCAUCUCAAAACACACAGUAACGACAGACCUUGUGUUUGUGACAUAUGUAAUCUCUCCUACAAGCGCAGAUCAGAUCUCCUAAGACACCGCAAAGAAGUUCACGAGGGUAAAAUGGCGUACAAUGCAAGCAGUGUGGAUUUCGGUCCGCAAUGAAAGAAAACCUCGACGCACAUCUCUGCAAGAAUAUUACGUGCAAAUCGUGUGGAGAUCUCUUCAGAGAUGCAUUUCAACUUAUUGCACAUCUCGUGACGCAUGCAGGUGGGCAGUCGUAACAGUGUGACUGGUGCGCAAGAGAAGUAAGUCACCCACGUGUUUUGCAUAGAAACGUGACCUUGAAGCCGCGCAAGAACAUAACGCUGACAUUCUCCCACAGGGGCGAGAAACUAACCGAACGCGUCGUGUGGAGAUACGGCUUCUUUGGACGUUUAAGACUGCUGAGUGAAAUGCAAGAAGUAAAGGAUGCCGCUUGAUUUUUUUAAAAAUUACGUGACAACACGUCGUCUCCAGCAGAAUUGGGGACGCAUGAACGUCGAAGUAUACUGCAGGACCUAGCUAGAGCUCACUCUUUGCAGAACUGUGUUGUUCGAAAACGUAGCUUUAGCAAACUCAUUUCUAGACAAAUCCUAAUGGGCGGCAAAUUUGUGUUUUUUGUAACUAUAAGGUUGAAUGUGCGCACAAGAUCCUUGACACCUCGUUUAGUCUUGUGCAAACGUUUUGAGAGUGUACUAGUAAAGAAGCUUUACCUAAUCUUCCUUGUAAUGAUUAUGUAGGGCGAAUAGAAGGGAGUACCACACAUGAUGAACCAUUUUAAAGAGGAGGUAGUGUGUUCUUGUCAACUAAAAUCGAAUCUCUGCGAAGAAUUGAGUUCCUUAGGCCUUGCUGCCUUCCAGAGACUGCUCUUACAACAUAUAGAUACAGGCACGGGACAACUUUUUUCCCUUACAAAUUUUUUAAUCCAGGUAAUGUUUUGGUUUUCUUUGGCUCAUGUAUUCAUACCGAAGGUUUUAGUUCUUUAUCAAGCUGGUGACAACAGUGAGACUGUAUUAGACUCAAAUCAUGUUGAGCUCAACUAUGUGUUAUUCCACUCCUACUAUUUUAAUUAUUGUUGUAUUGAAGUGUAACCUCUGUCACGAUUAAAGUGCAGUUUCUUAUUCA